AUGGCCCCAAGGAAGAGAGGUGGCCGGGGGAUUUCAUUCAUCUUUUGCUGUUUCCGCAAUAAUGAUCACCCAGAAAUCACGUAUAGGCUGCGAAAUGAUAGCAACUUUGCACUUCAGACCAUGGAGCCAGCGUUACCCAUGCCCCCUGUGGAGGAGCUGGACGUCAUGUUCAGUGAACUCGUGGAUGAACUUGACCUCACAGACAAACAUAGGGAGGCCAUGUUUGCACUUCCAGCUGAGAAAAAAUGGCAAAUAUACUGUAGCAAGAAAAAGGAUCAGGAAGAAAACAAGGGAGCGACAAGUUGGCCUGAAUUCUACAUUGAUCAGCUCAAUUCCAUGGCUGCUAGGAAAUCUCUGCUUGCAUUAGAGAAGGAAGAAGAAGAAGAGAGAAGUAAAACUAUAGAGAGCUUGAAGACGGCACUAAGAACAAAACCAAUGAGGUUUGUGACCAGAUUCAUCGACUUGGAUGGCCUGUCAUGUAUUCUCAACUUUCUAAAGACCAUGGACUACGAGACCUCGGAGUCUCGCAUACAUACCUCUCUCAUUGGAUGUAUAAAAGCGCUAAUGAACAACUCUCAAGGUCGGGCUCAUGUCCUGGCCCAUUCUGAGAGUAUUAAUGUAAUUGCUCAGAGUCUGAGCACAGAGAACAUUAAAACAAAGGUGGCUGUGCUGGAAAUCUUGGGCGCUGUGUGCCUGGUUCCCGGGGGCCACAAGAAGGUUCUGCAGGCCAUGCUGCACUACCAGAAGUACGCCAGCGAGAGAACCCGCUUCCAGACAUUAAUUAAUGACUUGGAUAAAAGCACAGGGCGGUAUCGGGAUGAAGUGAGUCUCAAGACUGCCAUCAUGUCCUUCAUCAAUGCAGUGCUGAGCCAAGGUGCAGGCGUGGAAAGUUUGGACUUUAGACUUCAUCUUCGCUAUGAAUUUCUGAUGUUAGGAAUUCAACCUGUCAUAGAUAAACUAAGAGAACAUGAAAAUUCAACAUUAGACAGGCAUUUAGACUUUUUUGAAAUGCUCCGAAAUGAAGAUGAACUAGAAUUUGCCAAAAGAUUUGAACUGGUUCACAUAGACACAAAAAGUGCGACUCAGAUGUUUGAGCUGACCAGGAAGAGGCUCACCCACAGUGAAGCUUACCCUCACUUCAUGUCUAUCCUGCACCACUGCCUCCAAAUGCCUUACAAGAGAAGUGGCAACACCGUUCAGUACUGGCUCCUACUAGACAGAAUUAUACAGCAAAUAGUUAUCCAGAAUGACAAAGGACAGGACCCUGACUCCACACCUUUGGAAAACUUUAAUAUUAAGAAUGUUGUACGGAUGUUGGUUAAUGAAAAUGAAGUUAAGCAGUGGAAAGAACAAGCAGAAAAAAUGAGGAAAGAGCACAAUGAGCUACAACAGAAAUUGGAAAAGAAAGAGAGAGAAUGUGACGCCAAGACCCAAGAGAAGGAGGAGAUGAUGCAGACCUUAAACAAAAUGAAAGAGAAGCUUGAAAAGGAGACCACUGAGCACAAGCAAGUCAAGCAGCAGGUGGCGGAUCUGACGGCCCAGCUGCACGAGCUCAGCAGGAGGGCCGUCUGUGCUUCAAUCCCAGGUGGACCUUCGCCUGGGGCCCCAGGAGGGCCCUUUCCCUCCUCUCUGCCAGGGUCUCUCCUUCCUCCCCCACCGCCCCCACCUCUGCCAGGAGGAAUGCUUCCUCCUCCGCCUCCUCCCCUCCCCCCUGGGGGGCCUCCCCCUCCCCCUGGGCCUCCUCCCUUGGGGGGAAUCAUGCCACCCCCUGGUGCUCCGCUCGGUCUGGCACUAAAGAAGAAGAACAUUCCUCAGCCCGCCAAUGCCCUGAAAUCCUUCAACUGGUCCAAGCUGCCCGAGAACAAGCUGGAAGGAACAGUAUGGACUGAAAUUGAUGAUUCAAAAGUCUUCAAAAUUCUAGAUCUUGAAGACCUGGAACGAACUUUCUCUGCCUACCAAAGACAGCAGAAAGAAGCAGAUGCCAUCGAUGACACCCUGAGUUCCAAACUAAAAGUCAAAGAACUUUCGGUGAUUGAUGGUCGGAGAGCUCAGAAUUGCAACAUCCUUCUAUCGAGGUUGAGAUUAUCCAAUGAUGAAAUCAAACGAGCAAUUCUAACAAUGGAUGAGCAGGAAGAUCUGCCCAAGGACAUGCUGGAACAGCUCUUGAAAUUUGUUCCUGAAAAAAGUGACAUUGACCUUCUGGAGGAACAUAAACAUGAGCUGGAUCGGAUGGCCAAGGCUGACAGGUUCCUCUUUGAGAUGAGCCGAAUUAAUCAUUAUCAGCAAAGAUUGCAGUCGCUGUACUUCAAAAAGAAGUUUGCAGAGCGUGUCGCAGAAGUUAAACCUAAAGUGGAAGCGAUCCGCUCUGGCUCGGAGGAGGUGUUUAGGAGCAGUGCCCUGAAGCAGUUGCUGGAAGUGGUUUUGGCAUUUGGAAAUUACAUGAAUAAAGGCCAAAGAGGCAAUGCAUAUGGAUUCAAGAUAUCCAGCCUAAACAAGAUCGCUGACACAAAAUCCAGUAUUGACAAGAACAUUACACUGUUGCACUAUCUCAUAACUAUUGUGGAAAAUAAAUACCCCAAGGUUCUCAACCUUAAUGAAGAACUGAGGGACAUUCCUCAAGCAGCAAAAGUAAACAUGACGGAGCUGGACAAAGAAAUAGGUACCUUGAGAAGUGGCCUGAAAGCGGUGGAGAUGGAGCUGGAAUAUCAGAAGACUCAGCCCCCGCAGCCUGGAGACAAGUUUGUGUCCGUUGUCAGCCAGUUCAUCACAGUGGCCAGCUUCAGCUUCUCUGAUGUUGAAGAUCUUCUAGCAGAAGCUAAAGAUCUGUUUACUAAAGCAGUGAAGCACUUUGGGGAAGAGGCUGGCAAAAUGCAGCCAGAUGAGUUCUUUGGCAUCUUCGAUCAGUUUCUUCAAGCCGUGUCCGAAGCCAAACAAGAGAAUGAAAACAUGCGAAAGAGGAAGGAGGAGGAAGAGCGCCGAGCACGCAUGGAAGCUCAGCUCAAAGAACAGCGUGAACGGGAACGCAGAAUAAGAAAAGCCAAGGAGAACAGCGAGGAAGGCGGCGAGUUCGACGACCUGGUCUCCGCUCUGCGCUCGGGCGAAGUGUUUGACAAAGACCUCUCCAAACUGAAACGGAAUCGCAAACGCAUCGCCAGCCAGCUGACGGACAGUAGCCGAGAGAGGCCAGUCACAAAGCUUAAUUUCUAA